AUGAAAGUUUUUGGAGGACUCAUCGCCGCUUCUAGCGCAACUCUUAUGUUCGACUCUCGAAUGAACGCGAGUGAGGGAGCCAAGUGCUUCGUUGGCUGCCAGCAGGAGCUCAUCCAGACUUAUUUCCGAUGCCAGAUCGAGUGGGGAUCCGGAACUGACGAUUUCUACAGAUGCUACGCCGGUGCCGAGGAAGAAUUCGAAAGAUGCUGGUUGGACGAAGAAACCGGUUGCCCAGAUGGCUGUGGCAAAGUCUGCGGACCUGAUUUCUUCGCCGGCACCGAUCUCUGCUACGAGCUUCUUGACCAGGGAAUCAUCGAAGGCGAUAUCCCGCUCACUCUCUGCAUCAACAAAUUCGCGCUCGAACUGAUCACUUGCGCUGAGAAGUGCAUUUGCGAUGUGCAGACUGAAUGCGAAUGCGUUCCCGUCCAGCUGCCAUUCUUGGAGCUUCCUGGAGGUGCCCUCUUCAAGAAUUCAAAGCACAGUCAUGCAAAAUUCAUCGACGUCCAGAACUCAAGAACUCGUGCCUCUCCAUCUCUUCCCGAGGAAUUUGUUUCAAUGAAUGCUUUCGAAUGGGACUCGUUGAGACUCAAUCCCAUCCCAGAUCCAACGCCUCCAGAAGCCGCCAAUUUUACAGAGAUUUACUGUGACUGCCAGGCGUUAGCUGAACACCGACUUUAUUCAUGCACUCCAAAUACGAUUCAAAUAAUCUUCACGAUUAUUGGCAUUUGCUCGGUCGCGUUUCUUCUGUUGAAAGCUUCCCUCGAUCUUUCAAAAAUAAUCUUUUCUCAUCUUCGAAAAUACAAUGAAAAAUUAAGGAAGGGAAGCGAAAAGCUUUUCUCCUUCCGCAAAGGAUACAGCUUCGAAACCAACGCAAUCCAUGGCGGAUACGAACCAAGUGAUGCAAAUUUCAACUCUGUUUCUCCUCCGAUCAUGACGACUUCGACAUACAAAAUGGCGGAUAUUGGAAUCCCGGACCUGACUAACGGGACGUACAUCUACUCAAGACUUGGAAAUCCAACGCGAGAAAGCCUCGAGAAAAAUAUCGCCAAGCUUGAAAACGCCAAGCAUGGUUUCGCCUUUGCGUCUGGAAUGGCUGCGAUUACUGCUUGCGUCCAGUCACUCGCUCAGGCUGGCGAUCAUGUGAUUUGCGGUGAUGACGUCUACGGAGGAACAAACUGGUUCUUCAACAACUUUGCGAAGAAAAAUGGCCUCGAGAUGGAUAUGGUCGAUACUAGGAAAAUUGAAGAGCUGAAUAAGAAAAUCAAAAAUAACACGAAACUUGUUUUUCUUGAAACGAUAACGAACCCUCUUCUCCGCGUCAAUGAUGUGCCAGCCAUCGCGAAAGCCGUUCAUGAAAUCAACAAAGAAACCCUUGUCAUUGUCGACAAUACUUUUCUCACUCCCUGGAAUUUCCAGCCACUCGAUCACGGAGCCGACAUUGUUGUUCACUCGGCCACCAAGUAUCUGAAUGGCCAUAGUGACUCACUUUCCGGGCUUGUCGCAACUAACAGCGAUUCGAUCAAGGAAGCCUUGUUCACGGCUCAAGUUUACCUAGGAGGCGUACCUUCUUCAUUUGAUGCCUAUCUUGUCAAUCGCGGAAUAAAGACCCUUCAUCUAAGAAUGCAAAAACACCACGAAAAUGCGCUCGAAAUCGCUCAGUGGUUGGAUCAAUGCGAACGCAUAGACACUGUCUGGUAUCCAGGUCUUCAAUCCCAUUCAGAUUUUCAGACGCUCAAGAAGUUCUCCAAAACUGCUGCUGGAAUGAUAACUUUCACUUUGAAAGCUUCCGAAAACGAAACCAGAAAAUUUCUACAAUCGACCAAAAUCAUCUCGCUUGCAGUGUCUUUGGGAGGCUACGAGUCACUUUUCCAGCACCCGUAUUCAAUGACACAUGCGAAUGUCACUGAAGAACACAAAGAAAAAAUCGGCAUCACAAAAAGCAUGAUCCGACUCUCCGUAGGGCUUGAAAACGCUCAAGAUCUUAUUCGAGACAUCAAAAAUGCAAUUCGAAUAGCGCUUCCUGAAAAAGAGCCCCCGAUAAAGCAACUUCCAAACGGCUCAUAA